UGUCUCGAGGGAGCCCCGUAGGUAACUGCAAGUCUGCAACUGUUUUAGGGACUGCUGGGUGCUUAGUGACUCGGCCGGCCAGUGUCUUCGUCUUUCCAACAAAUCGAAAAUGGAGGUAGCCAGCCCUAGCAAGUAGCACCCGUGCCAACCAAGUGUCGAGUAGCUCAAUUCAAACCCUAAAACCAGUAUCGUGGACUCGUCAUACAUCAGUCCUCGUUUCUGGAAAGAUCAGGAAAACUGAAACGAAUGGGGCCUCAGAAAAUCACAGAGUUCUGCAUUUUCGCGGUGUGUUCUUCAGCCACGUCUCCCAUGCCCAUCAUGUGUGAAGAAAUCAACCCAAGUGUCCUGAAAUUACUUGGCAUACCCUAACGACUGACGUGGUGCUUAAACAUCCACCGUUCACUUCACGAGCCAAUUGUAGCCAACCCCACUAGUACGUAUGUACUCUAACGUACUAUAAAAACCAGCUGAGGGCGUUCAACUUUGAUAACCCAGCUAGCUCUACUCGAUCACUUGUCUUCUAAGCUCGAUCUUGUGCUUCCUCAACCUCCUUUUUCAUCAUCGUACGUGGGUGUUUAUUAAAGAAGCACAUAUAAAAUGGCUGCUUCAGCUUCCAUGCAAUCGCUAUUCCUAGCCAACUCCGUCGCUUAUGGAUCUGCAAAAAGGAGCUCAGUCAGAGUAAACCAACUUGUACCAACUCUUCACAGGUACCCUAACAUGAGGGUGCGCUCCAUGGCUGAGGGUGAUCUACCUGAGGAGAAGCCAUCUACAAUUUCAGAACCAUCAAAGAUCCCACCAGCAGCACCAUCACCUACACCUUUCCCACCACCACCCAGGACUCCCAAGGUUAGCACCAAAUUCGGGGACGUUUUCGCCUUCAGCGGUCCAGCACCGGAAAGAAUCAACGGCAGACUCGCAAUGGUUGGUUUUGUUUCCACUCUUGCAGUUGAACUGUUAAAGGGCCAGGAUGUGUUUUCUCAGAUCUCCGACGGUGGAGUCUCAGUGUUCCUUGGCACUAGCAUUUUGCUAUCCGUUGCAUCGGUGAUUCCUCUAUUUCAAGGAGUCAGUGUGGAGUCGAAAUCAAAGGGGCUCAUGACCUCAGAUGCUGAGUUGUGGAAUGGAAGAUUGGCCAUGCUGGGUUUGGUAGCUUUGGCCGUCACCGAGUAUGUCAAGGGUGGAACCCUUAUUUAAGAAUAGGGUUGUAAAAGUCGUUCACAUGUAGCAAUUACAAAUAUUAAUGAGAAUGUUAUACUUUCAUGCU